AUGUCUGCACCUCCACCAUACGAUUACAGUUUCGGUAAUCAACAACGUCGUAACGAUUGGUUAUGUUUACUGGAGAAUGACGUCAACGAUACUAGGCAGGAAAGCUUGCUUACGUGA